UGCGAAGUGUUGUAAUAGCAAAAUAAUAGCAAGAUAAAAUUUCUAUUAGAUUAAACAGUGAUUUUUUUGUUUCAUUGCAUGGCAUCAAUAAGUAAAGAUUCCUCAAGUUUCAGAAAUCCUAAUAUUUUUAAUAUCUCUACUAACACACAAAAAGGAACGUAUUCUCCGCGUAUCUGCACAUAAAUUUCUUUGCGCAGUCUCGGUACCGUCGGUACCGAUCGCAAUAAUCAGAAGCGUUAUGUAUACACUUACGUCGUCAAGACGACGUAUCGACUCCCUCGCUGCAGUACAUACGUGUAUACUUGUUCGAUACAUGUAUCGCUGACAAUAAUCGUCGAACAAAAGAUUGCGUCUGCAAAUAUGACUUUACAUUCGACACCCAUCCUAUAUUUGAAUAUGGGCGGCGAAAUGUUGUAUGUUUUGCGACAGAGGCUGAAGGCGCAAAAAAUCGACGUCGACAAGACAAUACAAGUAUUGGACGACGUAACAACAGCUUUGCUCAAUCCUAAGAUACUGUCGCCGAUUUUCGAAGAAUCGCCGAUGAUCGGGGUAUCACAAUUACGCGCUACUUUAGAGAGCGUCGCUCUUUCAUCCAUCAUGAAGCUGGACAAGAGCAGUAUGGACAAACUGUUCGAUCUGAUGAUCAUGAUGGUGAAAUAUCAAUUGAAGGCAGCUACUGGGCCACGAGAAGUUAUUCUUAUCAUUCUGAAUCACAUAGACGCAAUGCGCGACAUGGUCAGCGAUGUAAGUGCGCAAAAGUGUGUCAGCAUGGUGCAUCAGAUGAUCGUUAACUUUUAUGGCUGCCUGACCUUUGACGAGGUCUGGAAUGCACGGCAGAGUUGUCUGAAGGAAUUAGAGCCGUACAAUGUGCGAGUCUCGAUUCUUCUGCGACGCGGUCUGCAAAACGAUGACGCCAGCUUCAAUGUAACACCUCAGAAAUACGAUGAGAAAUACGGAGAGCAUAGAAAUACUCUAGCCACCAUGAGGAUUAAAGACGUGAGCCCUGAAACGUGCUGUGGAGGAUCCCUCGAUACCUUUGGUGACAGAAAAACAUUAUUGGGCAAAAAUAUAUAUUUGCCAACAUAUGGCAUAACGGAAAGUGCAAGGAGAGACAGCCAACAGUUAUUAAGAGAUUGCGGUGCAAAAGCAGAAUUAGGUAUGCUGGCUGUUCAACUGGGGACUGAGGAAACCAAUUACGAGAGACCGUUCACGCUUAAUUUACUAUCAAACAUGGACGAGGAGAAUGUGAAUAAUGCGAAUAGGGAAAUUGAUACUGAGGGAAAUAACGCUAAACGAAGCAACGCGGGAAACGAAAAGCCGAAAUUGAACGAGGACUAUAAAGCCAAACUUGAUACUGUAUAUGCGGAUUUUUUCGAGGACGAGCACGAAGGUUUGAAACGCAGCAUGGAUUUGCUCGAUCUUCUCGACGAGAUCGAAUAAUUUAGGAUUUUAACCGAUAAAACAUAACGCGAUGCAAUUAUUUUUCUUAUAUUUCCUUGCCUAUUUAUACACCAAUAUUU